AUGUCUACUAUAAAAUUCGUGAAGUUAUUACUGCUUUUUACUUCUUGCUAUCUUUCAAAAAAUUUAUUGGGACAACGACAGUGUGCUAAGAACGAAGAGUUCAGCGAAUGUGGCUCGUCUUGUAAGCCAAGCUGUCGUAAUCCAACACCGAGCGCCUGUACGCUUCAAUGUGUAAUUGGUUGUCAAUGUAAACGCGGAUUCAUUCGCAAUGAUUACAAUGAAUGUGUAGCAAAUUGUAACAGCAGUAUUAAAGUCAAUACAGGAAAUAAUAAAUUAUGUCCAUUAAGCCUUCUACUUAAGCUUUUUUGCACCGCAGACUGUAUACCGAAUGUCUGCCAAUGCAAGCAUGGCCUCUUCCGUAAUUUCGAGAAUAAAUGCGUCGCCGAUUGUAACUCAGGUCAAAUUUUGUCCUCUCCUUGUAAGCAUAUUAAUAGCACAUCAGUGACGAAGUAG